AAAAAUACUUCGAUAUGAAAAAGAACCAGUGCAAAGAAGGCCUUGAUAUAUAUAAGAAGUUCCUCACUAGAAUGACACGGAUCUCGGAGUUCCUUAAAGUUGCAGAGCAAGUUGGAAUUGACAGAGGAGACAUACCAGAUCUCUCACAGGCACCGAGUAGCCUUCUUGAUGCUUUGGAACAACACUUGGCUUCUCUAGAAGGGAAGAAAAUCAAAGAUUCCACAGCUGCAAGCAGGGCUACCACCCUUUCCAAUGCAGUCUCUUCCCUUGCAAGCACUGGCCUGUCCCUCACAAAAGUUGAUGAAAGGGAAAAACAAGCUGCGUUAGAGGAAGAACAGGCUCGCUUAAAAGCUUUAAAGGAGCAACGUCUAAAAGAACUUGCAAAGAAACCUCAUGCCUCUUUAACAACUGCAGCUUCUCCUGUGUCGACUGCUGCAGGAAGCAUAAUGACUACACCAGCCAUUGAUAUUUUUUCUACGCCUAGCUCUUCAAACAGCACUUCAAAGCUGCCAAAUGAUCUCCUUGAUUUGCAGCCAACUUUUCAUCCAUCUGUACAUCCUAUAUCUGCUGCUCCACAAGUAGGAAGUACCUGGGGAGAUCCUUUUUCUGCUACUGUUGAUAGUGUUGAUGAUGCCAUUCCAAACCUAAAUCCUUUUCUUACAAAAACUAACGAUGCUGCUCAUCUGUCUGUGUCUUCUGAUGUAUCUACUUUCACCAGUAGGACACCCACACAUGAAAUGUUUGUUGGGUUCACUCCAUCUCCUGUUGCUCAACCACAGCCAUCAGCUGGCCUUAAUGUUGACUUUGAGUCUGUGUUUGGAAACAAAUCUUCUAAUGUUGUCCUAGAUUCUGGUGGCUUUGAUGAACUAGGUGGUCUCCUAAAACCAACAGUGGCCUCUCAAAACCAGAGUCUUCCAGUUGCCAAAGUACCACCUAACAAAUUAGUGUCAGAUGAUCUGGAUUCGUCUUUAGCCAAUCUUGUAGGCAAUUUGGGCAUUGGAAACGGAACUACUAAAAAUGAUGUAAACUGGACUCAGCCAGGUGAAAAGAAACUAACAGGUGGUUCCAACUGGCAACCCAAGAUUGCACCUACAACUGCGUGGAACGCUCCAACGUUGAAUGGCAUGCAUUUUCCACAAUACGCACCACCUGUAAUGGCGUAUCCUGCCACGACGCCGACAGGAAUGAUGGGCUAUGGGAUGCCAUCGCAGAUGGGAGGCAUACCAGUAAUGACACAGCCAACUUUAAUAUACAGUCAGCCAGUCAUGAGACCACCAAACCCCUUUGGCCCUGUACCGGGAGCACAGCUGUCUGCAGCAUCCAGCCCUUCCAGUCAGAGUCCUCACAGAGCCUCAGGAAAGGAUCCCUUUGCAGAGCUCUCUCUCCAGGAUUUCUUGUAGAACAACUUAGAUUCAGUUUAUGUAACUGUGUUUGAUGGAAGAGAAAGGAACAUUUCCAAAAAGAUGUGCUCACCAGUAAACCCCCACUUCCAGGAAAAAAAAAUGAACUUCAGUCUCUCAAACUCUUCUCUUCCAUUCAAUGAUGCAGUGAAAUAAUGAAGGCCAGUGAAGGAACCUUGGACAACUCAUAAGAAAACAUCAAUAUACAAUACAAAGCCAAGAAUUGCCAUGAAUUAAGACUGAGAUUUUUUUUUUUGUCCUGGUGACUAACCUGUCAAUACUGUCAGCUUCUAAUAAUAUCCAUAAUCGGUAACAAAUGAAGAGAAGCCUUUAUUCUGGAAAUUUGAGAUGGGUGUUUGGAAAUGCUGUCUGGAAUGGAGAUGUGUCCUUUACCGUAACUCGAAACAAGACUCUGGGCCGGGGGGGGUCAAAUCCUAACUCUUAAUUCUGCAGUUACUUUUUCUUCAGUCCUCACAAAUGUAGGCACAGCAGUAAUGGAAAUUAACUUUUUUUAAAAAAUUAUAUAUUCAGUUUGCAGUAGACAUUCCUUAUGUAUUAUUGUUUGUAUUUAUUUAUGAUUAUCAAUUUAACAUUAAUAUUGUAUCAGAAAACCUCCUUAUGAAAAUGAGUAUGGAUGUAUACAGUAUGUCUGAUUUUUAUCCACAAAGAAUGAAUCUGAUUCAGAAUGCUUUUCAGCUGACAUACAGAGCACUAAAUAUUUCAAAGGUCUGAAUCUAAUGAAUUCUCAGUAUAUAUGGGAAUUAGGGAAGAGCUGUAAAAUGCAUUAAUCCCUAUAGUCAAUUCUGUGCCUAGGAUUUUGCAAGGGAACAGUUAACUGACUAGCAGAAGCACUACAUUUUUAAUUCAGCAUUAGUGCAUUGGGAAGGAACUUUAUUGCUUUGUGCUUGGCAUGUCAUUAUUUUUACAUUUGACAUUAUAAGGCCUUUCCAAAAUGAAUGUGAGGAAUUGCUUUCACUUUAAGACUUUCCUUCUUUU